AGGGAAAAUUACGGUUCCAAAUUUGACCAAUUGGAAGACUGAGGGGCAGGGAAAUACGGGAACCGAGAGGCGGAGAAAUUCAACCAUUUUCAGAGCUGCUCCGCAGACGAAUAAACGAAAGAUGUUACGUUAAGUCUAGACACUGGAGUGAUCAAAAGCACAAUGUUUGAACGCAGAACCAUUGCUGUUGAUGAUGAGUACCCAGAAGGAGUCUUCCAUUGCCGCUUUGCCCGGUUGGGAGUUGUGGAUCUACUGGAUCCUGUCCAUGGGGUCUCAUCUGUACUCCUUUUACCACCUGCACAGAUUCUCAAAAGAGUACGAAGGAGGCCUGGACCGAGAAUUUGAAUUGCAGGAAGGAUUUCUCAUUCCAGGAUAUAAAAAGGACCCCACUGACUUUGAGUGGAGUUUCUGGAAUGAAUGGGCCAGGAAGUGUUUACUCUGGAGUUUCCUGGGCCAUGCGGUCAUCUCGAGACUGGCGAGCAUCUUUAUUCCUCGGGGGCGGGUGGCGGUGCUGACGGUGUACGGCCUGCUGGUGGCCUGGGCGGAGCUGGGCUCCCUGGGCGUGGGCGUGGUCUUCCUGCACACCUGCUUGUUCUUUGGCGUGGCUCACCUGCGCAGACCCGCCCUCACCUGGGUCUGUGCGCUGCUGCUGCUCGCCACCCUGUACCUGGGCAGCCUGGAGGAGCUGCAGAGGAGCUGGUUCGAGACGGAGGCGGAGUACUACCUGCUGUACUGCGCCAUCGCGGUCUGCUGUCUGCGCUCCAUCAGCUUCAGCCUGGAGCACGCCUGGCGCCCCCUGGAGGCUGGAGGACUCGCGCGCUUUGGCUGGCUGACCGCCUACACCUUCUACCACCCCCUGUUCUACAACGGGCCUGUCGUCUGCUUCCGGGACUUCACUCGGCAGAUGCAGAGUCCGUGUGGGAGCGUUCCCAGGCUGGACGUCCCGUCCCUGCUGGUCAGCGCCGCCCGUAUCUGUGCCUGGUGGGGCCUGGCCGAGCUCAUGAUCCACCUGAUGUACACACACGCCAUCGCCGGCUACGAGGCCUACCUGCACUUCCUCCCGCCCUGGGCCCUCGGUGGGCUGGCCCUGGCUCUGGUGCAGUUCUUCUAUGUGAAGUACCUGGUGCUGUUCGGGCUGCCCUCCCUGCUGGCUCGGCUGGAUGGGCUGAGCCCCCCCCGACUCCCCCGCUGUGUCAGCAUCAUGUACAGCUUCACCGGGAUGUGGAGGCACUUUGAUGUGGGGCUGUACCACUGGCUGGUGAGGUACAUCUACAUUCCGGCUGGCGGAUCGCGGCACGGGCCGCUGUGGAAGAUGCUCUCCACCGCCCUGGCGUUCUGCUUCGUCUGCUACUGGCACGGCGGCCAUGGCUACCUGAGGAACUGGGCCCUGAUGAACUGGCUGGGGGUGAUGGUGGAGAACGGGCUCAAGGUCUCGCUCCGCUCCCCCCGCGUCUACCCCGCCAUCGAGCGCUGCCUCUCCCCGGCCAUGAGGAGGCGCUGUCUGGCUUUUCUCUCGGCUUUCUCCACCGCCAUGCUCAUCCUGUCCAACAUGGUCUUCCUGGGAGGAAAUCAUCUCGGCAGAAUCUUCUGGAAACGAGUUUUCGUCCAAGGCUGGUCCACUGUUGCCGUGCCGAUACUCAUCUUCCUGUACAGCUUCGCUCAGAUUGGUCUGGAGCAGGACAGGAAGGAGCAGCUGUCUGCGCGGGACAGACCCGGAUAGCCUCGUCUGUGAGACGAUCGCAUCAGCAGCUCUGCCACACCCCACCGGGCCACUUUCACUGGAAUGAAAGACCAGCGUUCAGCUCUGGAAUAACCCUGCUGACCUCUGGAAUGAAAGACCAGCGUUCAGCUCUGGAAUAACCCUGCUGACCUCUGGAAUGAAAGACCAGCGUUCAGCUCUGGAAUAACCCUGCUGACCUCUGGAAUGAAAGACCAGCGUUCAGCUCUGGAAUAACCCUGCUGACCUCUAGAAUGAAAGACCAGCGUUCAGCUCUGGAAUAACCCUGCUGACCUCUGGAAUGAAAGACCAGCGUUCAGCUCUGGAAUAACCCUGCUGACCUCUGGAAUGAAAGACCAGCGUUCAGCUCUGGAAUAACCCUGCUGACCUCUGGAAUGAAAGACCAGCGUUCAGCUCUGGAAUAACCCUGCUGACCUCGGCGCCUUUUAAACGCUCCGUUCUGUUGGUGGGAAAGCGGUGGGAGACCAGAACAAACCCAAAUGUGCCCAUGUAUAAAAUAGUUUAUUAUUAUAAAUAAUAUUUUACAUGUCUUUACAAAUACUCUUUAUUUGUGCUUACAGUAGUUAAAAGUUUUCAAUACAGGAAAUAUAAUAAUACAAUACCGUGUGCAUAAGUCACGCAGUGUCCACAUAUUUAUUAUUUAUAUUUAAUUAUUUUUCCCUUUCUUCUUAAUAUGACAUUCCAAAACGGUAAAUACUUUACUACCUGGCAGCAUCGAAGGCUGACCACAAAAAUAGUUCCUAAUAGUUUGUCUUUAUUGUUCAUGCUCAAAGAAACGUAUUACAAGUGCAACGUAAAAAUCAAGUCAAAGGUUUUUGGUGCUUGACAAUGGACAGGUAAGGUCAAAGGUCACGGCCAAAAGCCGGCAAAUACGCUUGCAAUGCUCAUGCAUGGAGACUACUGAAUCUACUGUUACUUCUGUGACAU